AUGAAGCCGGUAUUAUUGUUCCUUCAAUAUCUGGUAUUUUACUUGCGGGUGGUAGCUAUUCAGGGUGAAUACUAUUUUAGCGCAAAACAACGGACAAUUGAUUCAAAUGAUGCUUUAAUGAAUCCGUUUAAUGAAUACAUAACGAUACGAAAAAGUUUAUUAAAACACCCAUUAUUAGUCGAUACAAUUACUGAUCAACAUUAUACAGAACGUAAUCGACACGCACGUCAUAUCACGUUCAUGGCACAACUAAGUAAAUCAUGGAAUGUUUCUUUGCCACGUGGGAUUGGAGUAGAUGAAAGCACAGCUGUCGCUAUUGACGAGACAGGAAAAGCUCGCGUAUUCGGCGUUACUACUGCUUACUUUUUGACCCAAUAUUUACCCGAAACGAAACCAGAACGAGUUGAGAGUGGUUAUUCAUUAGACUGGUAUUGUAAUAAGCGCGCUAUUGAAGUGUAUAAAGUAGCGGGAAAUGAUCGAGGGUCAAAUUUUUUUAAUUUGUCAACGUGGAUGGGUGGAAAUGGAGGUCACUGGACUUUUUACUACGUUGAUAAUGGAACCUUGAGACAGUGA